AUGACAGACCAGGCAGAGGAACAGAUGGUAUUGAGUCCUAUAGCUAGUAAUGUGAAUCAAGGAAAAAAGGGUGAUGUUCCUGUAUCAUCCAAAUCAGGGAGUAGUUCUGAACCUUCACCUGCUGUGUUAAAUGCUCUGGAACAAAUGCCAAAUUAUGUGAAGUUCAUGAAGGAAAUGUUGUCUUCAAAGAAGAAGUUUGAAAAGUAUGAGACAAUUAGCAUAAAUAAGGAAUGCAGUGCUAUAUUGCAAAAGAAGCUACCGCAAAAAUUGAAGGAUCCUGGGAGUUUUACGAUCCCCUACACUAUAGGGAAUCUAACAGUAAACAAAGCUUUAUGUGAUUUAAGAGCUUCAAUUAAUCUGAUGCCUUUAUCUUUGUACAGAAAAGUGGACAUAGGAGAGGUACAGCCGACGAUGAUAUCAUUGCAGCAAGUAGAUCGUACCCUUACUUACCCUCGUGGUGUAGUAGAGGAUGUUCUGGUUGAAGUCGGUGAUUUCAUCUUCCCAGCAGAUUUUGUGGUCCUUGAUAUGGAAGAAAACUCUGAAAUUCCCAUCAUCCUUGGAAAGCCAUUCCUAGCCACAGUAGGGCACUGA